AGAAAGAAAGAGAAAUAGAUUAAUGAGAAUGUCUGCUAACAAAGAUAACAAUGGAGAGCCUGAUACUGAUGCUGUAUACAUUAGGAACCAGUUUGAGUAUGAUAGGAUGCAGUCAAUACAUGAAGAUAUUGUUGCUAUUGAGAAAUUCCAUGAGAUGAAGGACUCAACUGCAGACACCAUCAUCUAUACUGUGUUUGUUUUUGAAACAUUAAUAACAGUGUUCCUAGCUGGGAUGAUCACUGAACACUAUUACAUUAUACACUCGAUUAAACUGUCAAUCCUCCUACCAGUGAAAUACUAUUUGCUUAAAAAAGACAAUUUACAAUACCGGUUGAUAGAGCUAUGCUACUAUACACACGGACUCAUCAUGUUCUACAUAUGGUCUCCAUGGAAACCUCCUGGAUUGUUCCCUGCUCUGUUUUUCGCUGCUCAUGGCCCACUGAUAUGGGCUAUAUAUUUUUGGAGAUUUUCUUUCGUGCCUCACUCAAUAGACAAAAUGGGCCAAUUGUUCUUUCAGACUUCACCAGCUAUUUGCACAUGGAGCAUGAGAUGGUACAGUACCCCAGAUCAAGGGUUUGCCUUGUGUGCUAAUCCAACAGAGCCUGGAGUUAAUGGAUGUAACAACAUUGGUUGGGAUGAACUGCUACUCUAUCCAUUUAUAUUAUAUGGAAUAUGGUUACUCUGCUAUGUACUAAUAGUCUUCUAUUGGAAGGCUAAAGUUAUUGAGAAAAAUACAUUUUCUACAGCAGCCACAGCAGUACUGUCAAAAGAUAAGAGAGCAAAGGGCCUAGGAAUGAUAUAUACACUGACUCACCUUUUUGGACCUAAAUACCAAACACAGAUGUACUUUGUUACAUACACAAUAAUGGGAUUCUUGUUUUGUGCACUAGCAUACUUGUGCUUUAUAUCGUUUGCUUUCAAUUGUGUGUUCUUUUUUACAUUUGUGCUAGUUGCCUGUUACAAUGGAGCUACUUUCUAUAUCAAGGUUGUUGGGAAAGAAUAUUAUAAAAAUGAAGAAAAGAAAAAUGAGUAAAUUAGAAGUUCAUCAUUUUUUUAUUACGCCAGUGCAUCAUUGAAUUAGAAUUUAUUACAAGGUGUUAAGAUUGACAUUUUUGACAAUGAGAAUAAUAUUAGAUCUAUACUGCUAUAACAUUGAUCAGUGUCAUCAUAAUGUAGACCAUUAUAUUAUAUUGUAUGGAGUUAGUUUGAAGUAUAGUCAUACAGUCAAACACUAUAAACUCCUAAUAAAAUAUUAGUGCAAUAUACAUAAUAGUACUUGAAUUACAGCCAAACCUAAUGGUAGUUGCUAUGGCUUCUACUAAUCAGCCAUGAAUGCUAUUACUUGGAAGUGCUAAAGGAAGUGGGCCCUUAAUUAAAGGAAAGGAGAAGAAGCCAAA